UCUUUUUAAGAGGGGAUGAGCAAAACCUUGGACAGAGAGGUGGUGGUGGACGAGGUAUACUUGGACAGAGGAGUGGCGGUGGACGAGGUAUACUUGGACAGAGGGGUGGUGGUGGAUGUGGUAUACUUGGACAGAGGGGUGGCGGUGGACAAGGUAUACGUGGACAGAGGAGUGGCUGUGGACGUGGUAUACUCGAACAGAGGGGUGGCGGUGGACGUGGUAUACUUGGAUUUUGCAAAAGCUUUUAACACAAUUCCCCACACACAGCUAAUGUGUAAGGUAAAGUCUACGGGUUGGAAAAAUCUGAAUGUAAAU